AUGAGUCAGGCUGAGGCCGGAACUGCAUUGAGCAAUUCUUCUAUUGCGAAUGCUGCGAUACUUCAACAGACUGCCGAAUACAUAUACCAGUUAGAGCAAGAGAAGACACAACUGUUGUCACAAAAUUGCCAAUUAAAGCGAUUGGUAAAUCAACACGAAGGUGGCGAUGUACCUAUCAAGAAGCGCAAACCCGACACCCAAGGUGUCGUCGUUAGUCUACCAAUGCACGUCAACGAAAGUGGCGAUGAGGGCUUAGGCAGCAUGUCCCCCGAGCCGUUGUCGGUAAUCACGGUAACCACAGAGGGACAUUCCGUUGUGAACAGCGAGGUGGUGGAACUCAGGCGACAGCUAGAAAGGGAGCGUCACGCGAGACUGCAUGUAGAGAAACAGAUGAGAGCAAUUCAGAAUCAGAUGUAUCCAGAGAGAUUCCGGGACAAUCAGCUAAUCGCUUAUCAGCCCCACGAGGUGAUCGAGCACACGGAUAAUGUGAUGGCGCAGGAAACGGAGGAAGCGGUGGCUGCGCUUCAGGUGGUAUCAGUCAUGUCUCUGCCACCAGUAGGCUCUACUCAGACCGUAGAGACGUCUAGCCCGGACCCGAGCUCACCGCCUUUGUCGCCACAACCGGCCGACAUUGUGCCGGAAGAGAUCAAAGAGGAGGAGUCACGCGCGAGUACGCCCAAGAUUGUCGCCUUCGCACAGAAUCAGGUGUUCACGGCGAUAGAAGAGCCGACUACCGCGGACUCGUUCUCAUCGUCGAGUCGCGUCACGUACGCCACAUCGUCCUCCGCAGAUUUCAAGACUGGCUCGCCUCAGUACAUCACCGCGAGUCCCAGUAGGCCCUUUUCACCGGCUGCCGAGCCUCAACGAUUACCCAGUGUUCUAGAGGCGGCGAUGAAAGCAGAACCAAAAGUUGAGGUGGAAAGGUUGCCCUCUCCAUCGAAUUCGCUGGAUGAUAGUACGCAGGCUAGGCUAUACAUCGCGAACACAUCCCGACAAAAUCUGGAAACGAUCGUCGAGGCGAUACGUCACCUGGAAGGUGACCAUUUAUUCAGCGAUGAACCCGCGCAGGACGUGCCGCUAGCAUUAACCAACAAGCAACAACAGCAGCAGCAACAGCAAACAGCGACAAACUCAACGUCGACGAAGUCUGCAACCACCACGUCCGCUUCCUCUUCUUCAUCCUCGACGUCUGCCACGGCAACAUCCGCAAAACAACGGAUACUACACGCCGAACAUUAUCUCCAAUUUCAUACGCAACAGCAGACCCAGCAGCGGCCCGGCGUGAUCGUGGUGAAGCAUUCGUGAUCCAACAGCACUCCGCGUCCCGCACACUGAAUGAUACAUUCAGAGCGAUGAUGCACUCGCCUCCAUGUCCGACGUCAUCAUGGCUUAUCAUUCGAAAAUGAGGAAUCCUUUUCAAUCGACUCAAGAGAAUGAGAGCGGUCAGCGCUCGCAGAAACGAGAGAAACGAUAUUCGGUCGGAUUAUCGCGAUCGAGUAUCAUGAGAUUUUAUGUAUGUUCCUACUGGCGCGCUUCGUUCGCCUUCACCUUGAUAUGACUGCUAACAAGGAUAACUGCAUGCGAAAAA